UCAGUAAUUCUGUUUUAAGUUGUGCUGCUCUUACUACUUUCUCCAGGAUAAUAUUGCAUUCCACAUCUGAUCCCUUUUAAUGCUGUCGUACGCUUGCCGGAAAUCUAUGAAGAGAUCAUGGAUAGUUCAAUUGAAUUCCCAUCCUUUUUCAAGCAGCUGCCUUAGAGUAAUGAUCUGAUCUAUGGUCGAUCUAUGUUUUCUGAACCGGCUUGGUAUUCCCCCAU